AUGGUUUUGAUUCAGAGUCGUAAAUUCCUUGGAUGUCUGGCGUUGGGCACAGGGGUCUGGAUCUUGGCCCUUUUCAGCUUGAUGCUGGGCGUUGCUGGUUCAGUUAUUGGUUGGUUGGAAAUAGUGAUAUUGGACAAGCACCCUCUUCCUUUAGAGAAUAAAGUUUUCCUGUUCAUCCGAACAAUCGUGCUUUCUUUGCUCGUUCUUCUUUCCCUGAUAGGUCUCUUCGUCGGUUUAUCUAAACGUCCAGGCCUCGCCUUCAUUUACUCGAAGAUGGUAGCCAGUCAUUACAUCCUACUUCUCGUGUCCCUGGCUUUGACUCUGGUGUUGACGUUGCGAUCUGUCAACGAUUCAGUUGUGGAUCACUGCACGAACGGGACUUCGAACCGUAUGAUAAUUGAAUUCUGCUCCCCAGGAUGGUCUAUGGUGCAAGGUGCCUUGAUUUGUAUUGUGGGUGUUUCUGUACUCGUCCAACUAUAUGCGUUUGUAAUGGCCGGUAAUUUUGCGUAUCGCCUGGAUUUGGAAACUGCUUUGGUUUUCCCCGACGCGUCCAGUUUCAGGAGCGACAAGUUUCAUCCAUUGGAAGACAAGCCUUCGUUCCUUGUAUGA